UUUUGUACGUUCUACAUUCUGAUCCGAGGAUCAGCUGGAGGCAGCAAUAAACAAGGAGGAAAAAAAUCUGCAGCAAAGGAAAAAAAUAAUAAGAGAGGAGAGGAGGAACACAAGCUGCAGAUGUUAUGAUCUGAAAAAACAAUCCGUGUAACAUUUUAUUUACACGAAGCCCUUCUUCUAAGAAGAAAGCCUUUUAUUUUUGUAGCUUAUUAUAAUGGUGUUUUAACUACCUCACUUACAAGACUAUCUAAAGCUAUGCUUUAAGAAAAUUGUUGUCGUUUCUACUACUGUGUGUGUGAGAGAUCUCGUUUACAACUUGAAUAAUAUUGCAAAGGCAGGCCUUUGCUCCAAACCAAGUGAAACCUUACAUUUGCACUACAGAAGCCUGUCCACGCCUGUUUGUCAAAACCGAGAUCCAGCAAAGGGCUUCAAGCGAAGAAAAAAAAAGAGACAAAGAAUUGCUUAAAACAGCAACAAGCGAUACCUAAACACAAAUAAGAAAAAAAAAAAAAAAAAAGGCAGCUACAGCUUUUUCUUUGUGGACGACAAAAAGCAUCAUCAACACUUGACAACACAAGCAGUCAUGUUUCAGCGUCUGAGCAACCUUUUGUUUGGGGAGGUAGAAGAGGUGGCAGCUGAGCUGAAGGGACCCAACCCCUGUGUGACGGAGGCCGACGAGGAGGGAUGGAUGCUCGUCAACCUGCCUGAAGAAUCUGGCUACAUGAUGCAGGCGGAGGAUGAGACGGGAGCCCCACCGAUUGCACAAUCAUUUCCAGACAGUAACCAAUCAAAUCAUCAAGUCACACGUACAAGGACUGAAUGUCCAGCCCCCAUUCCUCACCCGCCUCACAAGCGCCGUAGGACACAUAAAGGUCGGGCACGAGGUGCAGUAGCACCAUCAGACCCCCUGUCUUGUCCGAGCGCUAGCCCGUCAGACUUGGGUGCUAUUACACCCGUGACCCCGCCGAGACGGGCCAGACUGUCCACGCCCUCCUCCACCCCGUCGAUGUCCCCUGGCUCUGGAAAGGGAGCCACAGCGGAGGCCAGCCCGAUGGAGGACCUGCUCAUCGAGCACCCCAGCAUGUCUGUGUACGUCUCCCCGAGCAACUUCUCCAUGGUCUCCAACAACAACCUGUCUUUGGUGGGAGAGGAAAGCAUUGUCGGCCUGGCGAGCAGCGUGAGCAGAGUGGCAGAACCAGCCGCUGCCGCUGCCACCCGCAGCACGAUGCCCACCAGGGUGACCCGUGGAGCAGCUGCCCAGGCCGGAGCUCUGGCCAAGGUCACCCAAGUGGCCAGGGUCCAGCGUAGCAAAGCCCGCAUCGAGCGACGCCAUCUGGGCCGCAACCGCAUCCAACGCCAAAACCGCACCAGGGAGCAGGUCCCUCGCCACGCAAACCACGCCAGAAACACCUUCCUUCACCAGCCCACCAAGCGCAACAUCUGCCACUAAACUCCCCAGCAACCAGGGGACGUCGUUUACUCUGAGGGCAUUAGUAGUGCAUAGUCAACUCCAAGACACACAAAGUUAAAUGUAAUCACCCACGGCACAUUUGCUCUAAUUUCUGCACAUUAUAUCAUAUGACACUCAGAUACCAGUAGACCAGUAGCUUUUUUGUUUUGGUCUAGUCACAAACAGACUCCACCUGGUAGUUUAAUGCCCCCAUUCUGCUGUUCUGCUGUGUAGACCUUUAUAAUACUUGUUGUCCAUUGCAGUAUCCAAACAACAAAAAAAAGUCUUCAAAAAUAUUUAUACAGGUUAUACUUAGUAAAAAUAAUGUCUGAAAAACAACAAAAAGUUUAGCUCUAUUGAUUUUUUCUUCUUUAGUAAAAUAUGCUCUUUUCUUUCACUCUUCCUCAAGGCAUGUUUUUUUUUUUUUUUUUUUUUUUUUAAAUCAAUCAUUAAAUCCCUAAAAUACUUUUUAAAAUUUGGAGGUAAUGAUUUGAAAUUGAAAGUGUACUUUUAAGACGUUUCUGGUGGAAACCAUGCAAGACAGAGACGAGUUAAUCCUUAGUGUGUUUGCAGAGUAAACAACUCAUCAUGUCUUCGAAGCUUUACUUUACAGAUGAAUAUUUUUUUGUCAGAAAAGGUGGAAGGAUAUACCGUGUGGGCCGAGUGUGAGAGGAAAAUUACUAGACAUUUGUUUCUCUCCAGUUAGACAAAGGCAAGGAAACAUGUGGCAACCUGUUUCAUCACGGGAAACAAAUGUUGUAAUAUUUCCCUCUUCUCACUUUGCGAAGGAUGAGAGCAAGUAGACGAUGGUGAGAGUAUGAGCAAAACAGACUAAAGAGUACAAGUAAUGUCACGAUGAAUUACAACUAGACAUUAUUAAAAGGAGCGGAAACAGCUAUAGGAAAGUGUUAUGUAACCCUCUGAGCAGCCUGUGAGUGUUUAGAAAAUGGCCCUUAUUUUGAAUAUUUCUUCUGUGUUCUUCUUUUUGCAUGAAGAAUGGUAUUAUGGGGCACUCAUAAUAAAAAUAUAGAUAGAAAUAUUGAUAAGGGGUAUGAAUGGAGUUGAGUUGAAACAGGGCUUGCCUUUGGGUUACAGGGUGUGGCAGGUUAUUGGAGGUAAAGAGCGGUAUUGAUGGCAACUCUUUAUUUUGUUUUGUGACAUUGUUUUUAGCUCAUUUUGUCUUGUAAAACAUUGUUUUAAAGUCUCUCUCUCUCUCUGCAUGGUUCCACCAAAAAAACAAGAGAAACUUUGUUCCUGUCAGACAAAGAGAAAGUACACUUUUGGCUUUUAAAGCCAACAAAUAAAAAAAUGUCUCCCUGUGGAUCAUACACAGCAUGAUGAUCAUUCAAUGUGGUCUGUAAACUAAAGUAAUGUGCCCGGCACACAUCAGCCAUUUUCAUCCAUAGUGUGUGCCGUGAUCUUACGUUAUCCAUGUGAACACCAAAAAGAAAGAACGACCUAUGUGCACAUCAGUCCCUCUCAUUGAGAAGUCACUGUUGGGAGAAAGGGGAAGAAUAACACCCGUCUUCCCCCUUCAACAUAGUCAAAACUAUCAUCUUGCACAUGGUCGUGCAACUCACCUAACAUUUACAUCAUGUUCGUCCAUUUCUUGUUAGAACAUCCAGCUCUUAACAGUUUCCACUUAAAGAUCUAGCUGACUGAUAUGUAUUCAACAACAAUAGUAAACAAUGGUGCUGAAGUGUAUACUAAUGUUUGUAAAUUAUUUGAGACAUGGAUGUAAGUUUGCACUGUCAUACAUUUUGUGAGUCAAAGUUUUAGCGGUGUGCUGUGUGCUUGUUUCUCUUUUUUUUUCUUUUGUGAUUUUUUUUUCUUUUUGUUUUGAUUCAAAUUGUGUGUGAGAAGGUGUACUGACACGUUAAAUGCUAGAAACUCUUUAAAAAAAAAAAAAGAAUGGUCAUUUAUUUCUCUUGUAAAUAUUACAAAACAAUUUAUAGCGCUCCGUUAGAUGUCAAAGCCUCUCAGGACUCGCGUCCACCACACACAGCGUUGUGUUCGAUGGGACUAAUGAGAAUCCUCUCUCUGCCUCACCUCUGUGCUCAUUAUCAAAUCAAGAGGGCAUUAGUGGCCAAAAGUGGUGUCCUUGCCCCAACCUCAGUCUCAUCUCCUUGAGAUGCACCAUAAAAAAGCAGCACUAGACUCAGAGUUGAUGUGCCAUAUGCGAACACUGCCCUCCAGAGGUUCCAUUUAGCACAGCUGUAUGGAUGCUGGUGAGGAUUCAGUACAAUGACCUGGUUUUAACACAAUCUGUACUGUUGUGUCCAAAGGACAGAUUGUCUGGAGAUUCAUGUCAGAUUGUUUGGAAGAUGGAAAUGUCUCAUUCAGAUCAUCUGGAUAACAUAGUUUUCCCCUUGAAUCACACAUUUUUCAUUUCUGCCAAUAAUCCUAUAAAUGAUUGUUUUAUUCAAAAUCUGUUAAUAUCUGUUAAUUUAUGAUAUAAGUAUGACUUUUAUCUUUUAUUCUGUUUAAGGAUGACUAUUAUGUGUCCUGUUGAUUCCUCUGAAUGGUGCAGGAGAUGGAUCUGAGGUGGUGAACAUGCACACACACACACACAUAGUGAUCUCUGUUUAGACUUCCUCACACCCCAGAGGCUUUCUAUUCUAACUGACUGAGGAGAGAUCACAGGUGAAUGUGUGUGUGCAUACAAAAUGUAAAGACCACCCUAGAUACCACUCUGCCGCUACAAACCUGUCCUGUUUGCCUCCAUUUUAUUUCUUCCUUUCUUACCUGUGUCAUGUAAAAAGGAAAUGUGUUCUCAGUAUGUUGUGUGUGAUUAUUGAACGGUGUGGUUGGGGAGAGGGAGUCGUCACCAGGUGUGUGGAGCCUGUAUGAUGUGGACAGGGAAAGGAUGAGGCAGGAGAUAGUUUAUAUAUUACAAAAAAAAAUUAAAUGUAUCCUCAAAAAUACAAUAGAAUAUGCUUGUAUUUUCCCAUAUAGUUCUUAUAACAUUUGUUCACCAUAGGACGUUUCAAAUGAGAGGCAUUGAAUGUCUGGGGAGUUUCAUAUGUUUUAUGUCGUGCCCUGAAACGAUGGCAGCUUAAAAACACAUGGGGUUUCGCCCGUGUUACAUUACAUCUCAAUUAGUACACCCGUCCCCUCCAUAAAAAUGAAAUAUAUAGACAUAUAAAAAUUUGGUGUAUCUGAUAUCUACAGUAUGGUGAUUGUGCCUUUCACUAUUUCUGCAUGGUUUUUGUGAUGUACUGAUUUUUCCAUCCUCAAAGUGGACAGUCGUCCACUGACAGGCAAGACCUAUGCAAAAAUCAACGGAUGGGUUUUCCAGCAUCCAUUCAGAAAACACAGGUACCCGCCAAAAAAACAACAACAAUAAAUACUCAGGUUAACACCUGAA